AUAUUCUGUAUAUUUAGUAUGCUAUUUUAACGCUUUUAUACGUCCGAGUCUUUCGAAGAUUUUCUCCAGAUCUUAGGCUAUAUCUUUUGCUUCUCUCAGAUAUCCAAUUUAUUCUUAGUAGCUCAAACACCUGCACGAAGCUUUCGUUUGCUUGGGAUCGUAAAUCAGAGCUGCGGAACAUCCGAUCUCAUUCCAGAAAAGAUCAUGCUUCCGCUAGUCAAAUUGCUGAUGCUGAUGCUCCUAUUGCAAGUCACGGUGGAGGGAAAACAAAUUAUUGGGAGAUGCAAAGAUUUUUAUCCGCCGAGUCUUCGAGAUACUGUGCGUGCCUGCAUUACGGACUGCAAAAAACUUCAUUACAAGGAAGGCUAUUGCGACAUAAACGACCUCUGUACAUGUGACCGUUGAUCGCACAACAAGCAAGGACGAGUUUUGAAACAGUUAUCCCUUGUUGAAAACGUCUACAUAAACA